ACACUGCCGGCUUCAUGGCUGCUGCCCGCGCCUUGAAGCUGGAGAAAUCUUAUGGCACUCCCCCCUCCGCUCCCGCUGUCGAUGCGUUCAGCGACAAGAGCAGUGACAAGGGCAGCGCCUUCAAGGCUCGUGUUGAGUCCCCUGUUAAUACUGCAGGCGAUGACUGGGCCGUCUCUAAUGACACUCACAAUGAUUUUGUUUCCUCGGGCAAGACCGUGUCCAAGUCCACCACUGCUGACAAUGACUGGACCGCGUCUAAGACCACCGUUGAUGAUAUUACCGUCUCUCAUGACGCUCACAAUUACCUUGCUUCCUCUGGCAAGACCGUGUCCAAGUCCACUACCACUGCAGGCAAUGACUGGACCGCGUCUAAGACCACUGUUGACACUACUGGCGAUGAUUGGAACGUGGCCAAAUACACUGAUGAUACCGCUAGCGAUGAAUGGACCAUGGCCAAGUCCACUGUUGAUACUGCUGGCGAUGAAUGGACCGUCUCUGGGGACAUUAAAAAUGACUUCGCUACUUCCGGCAAGGCCGGGAUCAAGUCCACUGUCGAUACUGCUGCCGAUGACUGGAUCGUCUCUAAGGACGUUAAACAUGACUUCAUUUCCGCCUCUAAGUCUCCUAUUGACACUGCUGGCGAUGAUCGCACCGUCUCUAAAGACGUUAAAUAUGACUUCGCUCCUUCCGGCAAGACCGCGUUUGGAGGUUCUGGAAACAACACUGAUGCCAAAGGACUUGGAGUGAAGGUUGACGCUCCCAAGACCGAAAAGGUGUCUGGCGUGACCAGCGGCUUGGUGUCCCGCAAUGUCACCGUUGAUACUACUUCUACUCAUCAUGCGAACUCGGGUGUCAUGACUCCUAGCCAUUCCACGGAGGAGGACCGCGAGCAUCUCACUACCUUUAAGUCUUGGGGCACCCCGGCUGCUCGUGACAAGCCAGCUUCUCGUGUGCGUCGUAUCAUCAUUAAGGGCUUGCCUGCUGCUUGGUGCAACCCUGCCAAGAUCCUGUCGUUGGUUCAUGGCGGUACUGUCGAGAGCAUCCAUGUUACUCCUACUGGCACUGCUCAUAUUCUCUUCUGCGAACACGAGGCAUGCAAGGCCUUUUACGAUAAGUACCCCAAUGGCAUUGACCUCGACAAACAGCGUAAGAUCACCGUCUUCGUCGACAUGGGACAGGACGUCGACGUGAUCAGCUCUCAGCUUUCUUUCAACCUGUCUGUGGGUGCGACUCGUGCUGUCCGGGCCGUCGGCGUUGGCUUGGACGUUCCUAUGGGACAGCUUUACAGCAUUGCAGGUGGAAACGGUCGCAAGGUUGAAAAGAUCGUGGAGUCGUAUGUUCCCGGCGAGGCUCGCAACGUGGUCUUCCGCUUCUGUAGCAUCGAGGAUGCGGUGCGUUUCCGUGCUGCUCUUGUCCGCAAUGCCGACUAUGAGCACUGCAACAUCCAGUAUGCGGCUGAUCCCUGUGAGAUCGCUAGCGGUUACCACGCCGACUAAAUGUCGAGCAGAGCAGUGUUUCCGGACCACGCUCACCAGAUUGUGGCGUUAGAUCGAUGGAAGUGUUUACGAACGAUGUUCAAGGGGACGUCUUUUCUUUUUUUUUUUCUUUGGUGUUCUCUAUUUUUUAAAUUGGGGAUGGUCUACGGAUGUAUCUGAGCGGUGUUCAAGGGGACGCCUUUUUUCUUUUCUCUAUUUUUUAAAUUGGGGAUGGUCUACAGGAUGUAUCUGAGCGGUGUUCGAGGGGUAAAAAUUGUUUUCAGGAUGGAGAAAAAGGCGGCGUAUCUGUGAUGACUGGCUGACUGGAUGGAUGGGUUUAAACUGUAUGUACCUGGUAUAGAUUGAGCGGAACAUAGUUCCUACCGGUACAUAAUGAAAAGCC